AUGUGGGCUGCCACCUUAGGACAUUUAGAGAUAACUCAAUUAUUAUUAGAUCAUGGUGCAGACGUUAAUAUACAAAGUUCAGCUUUUUUGGGAAUGGAAGAAGGGUUCAUUAAAAAAGGCACUGCUUUAACUUAUGCAAUUAUUAAUCAGGAUGAAAAAAUAGUUAAAAUUUUAUUAGAAAAAGGAGCUAAUCCUGAUAUUCAAGAUAAAUAUGGCAAUAGUGCUUUAAUGCAAGCAUCUCAAUUCAAUAAUGAAAAUAUUAUUAAGUUGCUACUAAAUCACAAAGCGAAUAUCUAUAUUAAAAACAAAACAGGGCAAACAGCAAAAGAUAUUGCUCAAGAAAUGGGGCAUACACAAAUAGUCAAGCUAUUAUCUUAA